AUGGGAUUGGAGGAAAGGAUCGACACACGUAGCAAGCAAGGCAAAUUUAAUCAGACAUCGACUAUUUGCAAGCAUGCCUUUUCUGACCUAACACAUAUUUCUCCAUUGGUAUUCAUAUACCUCUUGAAAGCGUGCUAUUUCAAUGGCACAUAUAAGGCAACUAAGAAGUUCCGAGUGCUUCAAGAUCAGGUUCAUCUAGUACUGCGCAAUGAUCCCCAACCUGGACCAGCUACUUUUGUUAUUCAGUGCCUCUAUGUCUUGCCUAUAUUUGAUUUAUACUCUGAAGGGUUCAGUCAUUUGAUUAUAUCUGCUCUUCGCCGUUUCCUGAAAAUGGAAACUUCCAUGUGGGACUCUUUAGAAGCAAAAGACCUGGCUUCCCAACUAUUUAUCGAUAUUGUUGGGGGCUCUGUCAAUCAUGAUGAGAGGAUAGUUGAGAAGAUUCUUGAAGCUUUUGAUAUUCAUCUGGCAAACAUUGAUAAAGUAAUGUGCCUGAGUGCAAAGAAUGAUUGCAGAUUUGACACUGCAAAAAAGUUCGUUGAGCAAUAUAUAUUUGGACUGAUAGAGUCUCAAUCAUAUAUGACUGCAGUUACUCUUUUAGAGCACUUCUCUAUCCGCCAAUCUGGCCAAUCUUUUCUCCUUAGUAUGAUAGAAAGAAAACAAUUGAAAGCAGCAGAUAAGUGGGCAACAUUCAUGGGAGAGCCAAUGUUAUGCGUUCUUGUUCAGGAAUACUUUGACAGGAACAUGCUAAAAAAUGCUUAUGAGAUUAUACAGAAAAACAAUCUCCGACAUGAAUUUCCCAAUGUUUAUCAUAAGUACAAAGAAAGCUCACUAAAGAAAUUAGCAGAAAAAGGAUGCUGGGAUGUCGCAGAAGCAAGGACAAACAGUAAUAGACAACUUCUUGAAUAUCUGGUUUAUUUAGCAAUGGAGGCUGGUUACUCAGAAAAGGUUGAGAACUUUGCGAUCGAUACUCGCUUGAAGCUGGUUGUAGAAGGCGUUGUUUGGGUUGAUGAAGUCAAUGCCUUGCACAAUGCAACCUCUCAUAUUGAGGGAUGCAAAGUUGUGGGUCUUGAUUGUGAAUGGAAACCGAACUAUGUAAAAGGCAGCAAACCGAACAAGUUAUUCAAUGAUAUCCCUGACGUUCUGGAUGAUUCCUUAACUCGCAUUUUGCAAUCUCCUAGGAUUCUAAAACUCGGCUAUAAUUUUCAAUGCGAUAUGAAGCAGUUGGCUCAUUCAUAUGAAGAGUUAGAGUGUUUCAAACACUAUGAGAUGCUACUGGACAUCCAGAAUGUAUUCAAAGAGCCUCGGGGUGGUCUGUCUGGGCUUGCAAAGAAAAUACUGGGAGUUGGUUUGAACAAGACAAGAAGGAAUAGCAAUUGGGAGCAACGGCCUUUGACGCAGAAUCAGCUGGAAUACGCAGCUCUUGAUGCUGCUGUUCUGAUUCACAUAUUUCGCCAUGUCCGUGGUCAUUCUCAGACUGCUGAAGGGGAGGGGCAUGGACAACUUGAGUGGAAAUCCUGCAUUGUUUCCCACAUGGACAACAUCAAGAAGUCCAAGAAGGGCAGUAAAAAGGAGUCAUCAGAAGCUGAAACGAAGGAGGAUCGGCAAUUUAGUUAG